UCUUCUCUAUUGACCUCUCCCAGUAGUCUCACUACUGAUUAGUUGAUAGAAAAUAUCUAUCUAUGGCAAUUGCAACAGUAAUUGGUGCAACAAUUGGUAUUUUGAUAUCGAUUUUUUGUGUAAAAUCGUUUUACACAUUAUGGUGGUGGCCAAAGAUGAUCGAAAAGAAGCUGAAGAAGGAAGGUAUUCAUGGGCUGCCCUACCAAUUUCUGUUUGGAAAUCUGAAAGAGAUGACGAGAAUGUCUAGAGAAGCAAAGAAAACACCCAUAGUAAAUCAUGAUAUAGUUCCUUGGGUUAAUCCUUUUAUUCUUCGUCUUUCUAAAACUUACGAGAGAUUAUUUGUGAUGUGGGCUGGACCAACACCUCGUAUUGUAGUAUCAGAUCCAAAGCUAAUUAAAGAAGUGGUGAACAGACAUAAUGAAUUUCAGAAGCCUCAAGCCAAUGCCUUCAUUGACAUGUUUGUUACUGGACUUGCUAGUUACAAUGGUCAAAAAUGGGACCACCAUAGAAAGAUACUAAACCCUGCUUUUCAUAUAGAGAAGAUUAAGAGGUUGUACCCAGCAUUUUGUGAGUGUUGUGAUGAAAUGAUAAAUAGAUGGGAGGAAUUGGUUAGCAAAAGUGGAAGUUGUGAGUUGGAUGUGGCAGAUGAAUUCCUAAAUGUAGGUGGAGAUGUUAUAUCUAGAGCUGCUUUUGGUAGCAAUAUUGAAGAAGGAAGGACUAUUUUCAUACUUCAGAAAGAGCAGUGCGAUCUUAUUUUGGCUUCUCCAUUUACUCUUUUCUUUCCCUUACUGAGAUUCUUUCCAACAGCAUCAAACAGAAGAGCAAGAUACAUCUACAAGAAAGUGUUAUCAUUGAUUAACGGAAUAAUAGAGAAGAAAAAAGACACUAUGCGAAGAGGAGUCUCACAAAGUGAUGAUAUUUUAGGGUUACUCUUAAAAGGAGGACUAUCAACCACUGAAAUAAUUGAAGAAUGUAAGGAAUUCUAUCUUGCAGGACAAGAUACAACCACAGCUUUGCUCUCUUGGACAUUGGUUGCCUUGAGUAUGCACCCUGAGUGGCAAGACAAAGCUAGAAAUGAAGUGUUUCAAGUCCUUGGAAAAAACAAACCAAAGUUUGAGGACUUGAAUCAAUUAAAAAUAAUGAACAUGAUCUUCCAAGAGGUGUUGAGAUUAUAUCCAGCACUCACCCUUAUGCGAACCACCGUAAAGAACACUAAAUUGGGAGAUAUGACAAUUCCUGCAGGAGUACAAAUAUUUGUGCCUAUAUAUAUAGCACAUCGCGAUCCCCAAGUAUGGGGAGACGAUGCAUUGAUGUUCAAUCCAAAUAGGUUCUCAGAAGGGGUAUCCAAAGCUGCAAAAGAGCCCUUGUAUUUCCCCUUUGGUUGGGGUCCUCGAAUGUGCAUUGGUAAUAACUUUGGCAUGGCAGAAGCAAAGCUCGUUUUAUCUCAAAUUCUGCAGCGUUUUUGGUUUAAGCUCUCUCCUUCCUAUGUUCAUGCCCCUCAGGCAAUACUCGUUAUGAAGCCUCAGUAUGGUGCUCAGAUAAUCCUCAACAAGCUUUGACCUUUCAAUUAUAAGUACUAGCACUAGUUCAAUAAAUCAGGUUGAGAUGUAUUCUGCUGCUAUUAAUUCUGCAUUUCAAUACCAUGUUAUUUUCUACUUGUAUGUGUAACAACUUUAUUCUCUCAUUACCACUAUGAAAUUAUUCUGUUCCUACUUGUCAUAA